GCAUCCAGGAACUUUGCCUCUGUUCUACGUUUACAUUGGAAAUUGCUGCUAGCUUGCAUCUGUUUGAUUACCGUACUGUAUUACCUGACCAGCAUUUUUAGUAGUGAUGACAAGAAAUUAAUGGAAGAUGCUGUCAGGUGUGUGAAGAAUUGGCAGUUCAAUAAAACUCUUCUGUACCAAACAAGAAGUAAACUAUACUCGCAUUUACAAAAACAGCAUUUCUCAUCUGAAAGAAAAUAUCAAGGUUUCAUUGACUCUUUUGUGAACAAAUUUGAUGAAGAUACCUCGAAAUAUAGACGAUGUAGUGUUGUAGGAAAUGGAGGUAUCCUAAAAAACAGUGGAUGUGGAGAAGAAAUUGACAAAGCAGACUAUAUCUUCAGGGCUAAUCUUCCUUACAUAAGUAACUUCUCAGACGAUGUUGGAAAGAAGAGUAACUUUACCACUUUUAAUCCAAGCAUGAUCCAUAGAAGGUACCACAACAAUUUGGAUGCAUUUAAGAAGGAUCUGCAUGUAUAUAAUGGUUACCUAAUGUUUUCUGGACCAGCAGAAGAUGAGUUUGUAUCAUAUGUGCAUAAGAAUACUAAGUUGAUUGAUAUGGAAUUUGAAAAAAAUUACUUGUCUGCAAUUGAACACUUUUGGGAAAGUAAGCGAUUUGUAUCGGUAACAACAGGAAUGCUGAUGUUCAAUCUAGCACUCACAUACUGUGAGGAAAUCCACCUUUUUGGAUUCUGGCCGUUUACCACUGAUGUAAAUGGUAACUAUGUACCAUACCACUACGCAGAGGACACACCCAAGACAUGGAUAGUAGUAGUGAAACAUUCAAUGCCAUCUGAGUUUCUAAAGCUCAAAGAGCUGCAUGUGAAUGGUGUGCUUAGGUUACAUAUUGGUAAAUGCUGACCUUUACCAAGAGAGAACAAUUGAUCUGGAUAGUAUGAACUCUUAUAUGGUGUAUACAUAUGACAAAACAAGCAUAACUAAGGAAUUAUGAAAUGCAACUGCAAUGUGGGAAACCAUUACACAGCUGAACUGCGACACCAGUCCGAAAACGGGGACUUAUGGAUUGACCUCUGUGCAUGAAUCUGUGCGUUCAAACCUGUAUCUUAGAUAUGCCUGGACGAAUAACAUUCAUACUUCACACAUGUAUCAUACCAGAGGUACAUUACUUGGGGUUUGCAACGCGUAUAGUACUGUAUGGUGGCAUCAUGUCAAGAUCCCAUUCAAAUCUCAUCGCGUAGAUAGCGAGACUGAUGCUACGACCUUCUGACAUGAAAUAAGCAGUUUGUAAUAAUCAAUAAAACAUGUAUUACCACAUUCAUAGUGAAAAAAUGUAAUACAUCGAAAAUGAACAGAAAAUAUAGUUAUCGUAAUCCGUCAUAUCGUGAGCAACUAUUUUCAUCCACCUGGACAUCUCAGUAUCCUAGUUACCUCGAGCAUGCGCAUUCGCAUUUUUCUGAGGAACGCUUAUGCGAGAGCAACAUUGAAAUGGGAUCUUGGUAUCAUGUCACCGUAGUUGCAAACCCCAAUGUAGUAAUGUACCUCUGAUCAUACACAAUAUUAUUAUACAUAUGUACAUUAUGUUUCACAAUCUGUUUCAAGAUGGCCGAAUGAUGGCUAUUUUUUGUGCUGAAAAAUCAUCAAAAUCAAACAUUUCUUGCAUUCCAGAACCAGAUUUUGGUCUUUUAUUGAUGGAUUUGUUCAAACUUGGUACAUACAUUAGACAUUAUGGGUCCCUGAUGCACUUCAUUUUGUUUUUCGGAUCAGAUUCAGAAUGGCCAACUGAUAGCCAUUUUGUUUUAUUCAAUGCACCAAGUACUUGUUUGACGAUCAGAUGAAAGAAUUACAAUCAUUUUAAUGUUAAAAAAUCAUAAUCAAGCAUCAGCUUCUGGAUCCAUAUUUCUGACAUGUUUAUGUUCCAACUAUAUCACUAUAACAAAACUAUAUAUCUUAAAUUUGAUAACUAAUGGGGACUGUGCCAUACAUGACUUGUUUGAACUAAAACUUAUUACAUAACACUGCCCCUACAUGUGUGGUUUGUUUUGGGACAUUUUAGACAAAGUCGA